AUGCCAAGAACAACUUCUUGUCGGUGCAAUGAAAGAUCGUAUCUUCAUGCACACUGUUUUUGCUCGAUUUAUGGAUGUGAGGGAAAAGCAGUUUCUAGAUCAACUUACCAUCAUCAUCAGAAAGCAGACCAACAACCGUUGCUUACCCAGAGCGAAAACGAAACACACUUCAACUCCGAGAAUGAAUCAACAGCAGAUACCAGUAUAUCGGCGAGCAUUGGGGACGACGUGGAGUGGGAAGUCGAUUAUGUUAACACUAACAGAGAAAAUGAUCAGGAGUCAGACACAUCUUUAGAUGUUUCAUGUGAUAGGUUUGUUCAGACAGACAAACAAAACUGGGACACAAAGGUUGUUGAUGCAAUUCUAAAUGCUUUGCCCAUGAAACAAUCACAAGGUGAUUCUAUUAAAUCCUUUGAAGACUGGCUUAGAUGGGCCAAAGACUUUGUGAUAACUGACCAAGAACUAAAAGAUAUAUGGCCAACCUCUUGGACUGAAACUGAAGAUAUCUUGAGGAGAGUUGGCUAUGAGUCACCCAAACAUUACUACAUAUGCAUGAAUGAUGAUGAGCAUCACAGGGAAUGGGACAUCAUGGAGCACCCUUCAGAUAAAUGCAGGUAUUGUGGACAACCUGGUGACAUAGAUUACUAUUAUUUGGGUUUAACCCAAAAAAUAAAGAGAUGGUUUAGCAAUAAGGAAAUGUGUAGUAAUAUGCUCGAUCACUGGCGAGAAAAAGAACACUGGUAUUACAGUUGUGCUAGAGGGGAAACAAGAGGAUGGCCUAUAAAGAAAGAACUUUGGGAUGGGACACGAUUUUCAGAGUACUCAUGGUUUUUUGAUGCAACAAAAAGGUAUCUGUUACCAACACUUUGCCCAUACUGCAAAGACUGUCAGAUAAAUACUGUUAUUUCAGCAGAAAUGAUCGCUGCGUGUGAUGGUUUUGAUAAUGGUUCAUCAGUUAAAAUAAUUUGUCACCAAUGCAGGAAAAUAUUCACACAUAUACCCACUUUUACUAAAGGAGAUCCUAGAAACAUUGUUUAUAUUGCCCACUGGGAUGGUUUCACUCCAUUCGAGACAACAGGUGGUCAUAGUACUGGGGUAUUAGAUGUCAAAAUAGGAAAUAUUGCUAAAAGAAAAAGAAAUCAUACAGAUCAAGUGUAUGUAGUGGGUUUUGUACCCAGUUCCAAGACCCCAGAUGAUACACCAGGAUUUUUAGACCCAUUUCUAACCCCACUUAUCAAUGAAAUUGUUGAAGGAUUCAUUAAUGGCAUUGAAGUUAACUAUUCUGCUGACUUUCCAGACCUAAACAUAGAGAGUGGUACAGUUGUUGUCCGACAUCUUAUUAUGCUUUGGACUGGUGACCACCCAGGUCAAUGCGAAGUUGCAAAAUUUAAACGUACAGGAAAGAAAGCUUGCCGCCGAUGUCAUAUAUGUGGAAAACAAGCAGAAGAGGGUUCACCACAUUAUUAUUAUGGAGGAUGUAGGUACCAUGCACGAUAUAAAUGGCCUAGAAGAACUAUGGAAGAAUCACUUCAUCAUAUGAAGGAAGCAGAGGAAGAGACUGGGGCUGCAUGGAAAAGAAUUUCCAAAGAAAGUGGUUUUACAGGUUUAAGUAAACUGACUGUGCUGUAUUAUCUAUAUGGAUUUGAUGUAUUACAUGACACUGUCAUUGAUCUUAUGCAUGGGUUGCCAAUGAAUCCAGUAAAAAAGCAUUUACAACGCUUACUACAAAGAAAGGAUAUAAACUUUGCUGAAAUAGAAUCAAGACUUUCUAUUUUUCCCUGGACCCCUGAAUUGAAGGCAUCUCGCUACCCUACUGGAUUCACAUCAAGACUAGGAUACUGGAAAGCUGAAGAUUACCAAAAAUUUGCUUUCCCAGCCUCAGAAGUAAUUUUGAGUGGUGCAAUACCAGACGAAGACUUUCUUUGUUGGAAACUGUUAGUGCAAAUGAUUCAAAUGGUGUUUAGCUGCUGUCGCAACACUGGAUGGACCUAUGAAGACAUUGAAUUAUUUGGUAAAGUAGCCUGGCGCCACAAUAUAAUUUCUGAAGAAACAUUUGGACUAGCCGCAUGUGUCAUCACGGAACAUAAUUUGCUUCAUGUCACCGAGGAUAUUUAUCGUUUCUCGGCUCCAGAUAAUUUUUGGGUGUUUGAUCUUGAAAGAGCUGUCAAGAGAUAUGUGAACCAGUCUACUAAUCACAAAAAUAUUGAGAAAACAUACAGCAAUAAUGAAGUAAGAAGAGAGGUUCUUCAGAAUCUACAUAUUGGUAGACAUGCAAAGGACAGCCCAAUUCUUACUGAAGAUGAGUUAGAAACAGCAAAAUGGGCUAAACAAGUUUCUUCAUUAAAACAAGGCAACUAUCUUAUUUUACAUGCCCUUCCUAAUACUAUUAAUGGCAUUGCAGUUGGUUCAUGUAGCAAGAAAAGUGGAUUUCACAACAUAACCCAACAGCAACAAGAGGACGUGUGGGAAGAUGUAACCCAUAAUGAAAGUAUUCAAUUUGAAAUUUCAAAACUGUCAAAUAUAACAAAGUCCUGCAAGAGUAUCCUGAAACCAGGUAAAGAGCCAAUUGGACCUCAUGUCCACUGCAGAGUUGGAGAAAAUGCAAUGUUUUCCUUGGAUGGUAAUCAAGAAAAAGUUGGUAGAAUCAACAGAAUACAUUCAAUAACAGUCAAAGAUGUCAAUGAAAGAGAACAUGUUGUUUUGUAUUUAGAAGCACAGCUGUAUCAGCAGGCUAUAAAUGACAGUGGCCUUCAGAAGUAUUACCAAGGAACUGAAAGUAAAUGUCUUCAUUUAUCUGCAAGUAUCAAGAUGAUUAAUAGUGCCUGUUUGCUUAGAAAGGUUAUUUUAUAUCCUGCACAAGACAGUCAUGAGUACAUCUUAAUUGAUUUUGAGGCCCCUAAACUGCCAACUCACAAGCAGUUUGUAGCAGUUCCUUUUUAUCCAGAAAGAAAUGAUAUGGUGGUAGUUCAGGGUGAAAAUGAUGAAGAGUGGUUAGGGCGUAUUAUUUCUGUACAGAAAGAUGAAAAGAAAGUUGGAGUGCACUUCUUCAAAGAACAUCCAAGAUGGGUAGGGAGUAAAAAGUACAUCAAGGAGAGCUCCAUUGCUCAUUAUGUUGACUGGGAUUGUAUAACAAAAAAGGUUAAUGGCUCAUGGCUAACAAACGGACUGUGGCAGCUAAAUGACACUUUUAAUUAAUUCAAUGUAUAUAUAUAAGGUUGAUAUUCUUUGUAAUGAAUUCUUAGUGGAGUGCUUUUCAAACUGAAAUUAAUAUUUUAAAAGCA